GAUCAAAGUGGACAAUAUAAAUGUAAAAUGGGGCAAACUUUAACUGUACCCUAUUUUUUAACUGUGGUACCGUCGAACGAGUCCAAUUUUAUACAAGUUCAUACGAAAGAAUCUGGGAAACAACCUCAACCAACACCACCAGAAGAAAUAGAAGAUUAUAAUCUCAUAAUAGACACUGAAUGGGGACAAUGGUCCAGCUGUAGUACUUGCGAUGAAGUUGGCAAGAAACAUAAAAUAGGAUACUGUGUAAUUUUAUUGUCCGAAAAGCAUUCACAUACGCCAGAACACAUUCAGGAUGGCGUGCAGUUAUUAAAGGUGUUUCAAUACGGCAUCCCCUGUAAUUCACAUCUAUUGCCCAACUCAAUCAAAUCCCUACCGCAAGUAGAAAAGAGAAAAAAUGAACUUCUGAUAGGAUAUUGUAAGAGCGUAUGCCCAAAACCGGUAAUUUUCGAAAUCAUAGACAGAAAUGGCAACGUUAUUGAGGCUGCAAAUAACUCGGAUGGGGUGUACUCCUUUGCGCAGGGUCCCCCACCGGUGGAGCCCGAAGUUCAGAGGACAUUGAUUUAUGCUUCUAGAGAAAAUUCUGUUGAAAUAGCAUGUCCCGGAUCGUUAAAUAAUGACGCGCCAAUGUUGUGGCAGAUAGGAAAUUUAAAUGUCGUCCCUGAACUAUUAAAUAGGGAAUCAAAUGGACGAAUAUUUGUCAGUAUUAAUGACAAAAUACAUAUCAAAAAAGCUCUCGUCCAUGACAGCAACUAUUACAGUUGUUGGCAAAAUGGCGAAUUGGCCGGAGUUGUUCAACUGGUGGUUGAAAGGAGGAUUCAAAUGAAUUUUAACCACCAUAUAAUGCUAUUUGGAAUAAUUAUCAUUUUGUCUACGUUCAUUUACGUUUUAGCAAAGGCGUUUGUAGGAAGAAAACAUUCAAAAAUGGGUUUACAAUAUACACCAAAGACACCAAAAAAUGAUUUAAAAGAAUAAUAAAUAAGAAUAAAAAAUAAAAUUGUAUUAAUAACAAAAAAUAUUUCAAUAAAAUUUAUUUUUACAGAA